AUGAUGAAAGGACUGGAGCAGAUCGUUUCAGCUAGUGCCUGUGUUCUGGGAACUAAGUCCCCUAACAGCUGUAAACAAGUGCCUUAUGAAGUCUAUGAUGAUGCCCGAAGUCGAAUCACAUGGGGAAUCGACGAGGUCUUAAACAAUAACUUCACCAGUGGUGGAGUCACCAAUGUGAAUCUGAGAUAUAUGACUGACUUUCCGUAUGAUUUUACUAGGUGUCUGCGCAUGUUACAAACAUUUUGUCAAGAUGUCCCUGUUGUGAACAAUAAUGGCACGCACGAUAAUUCGUCUGAUCAAGACCCGACUGACAGUUAUAUCAAGGAAACAAACACAGAUUUAUCAACUGACGUACCCUUAAGAAACACAGGUCCGGCAUUCUAUCUUCUAAACACAGUGGAUGAUGGGAGAGGGGACCGGAUAUGGGGUAAAGUUGGAUACAUAACUGCCAGCGGGGAACGAGACCUAAAGACGGUCUUGUGGCCAGGUAAAUCACUGACACGCAGAUCUCUCGAAUAA